CUGGCAAGUGGCAAACUGGCAAUGGCAACGCUGACCGUCCCCGCGUCCACGUGUGUGUGUCAGGCUGUCAGGGUCCUCAAGGCGGCCAGAGGAUGUCCGCUAUCCCUGGUCCCUCUCAUUUGUCAGCACCUGUCAGCGCCGAGGAGAGUUAAGGGACUACAUGAUCGACCCUCGGCCAGCACUCAGCACUCUCUAGGCACUGGUGGGGACAGCUGCUGAGCCUCCCUGACACAGCCGGACUCGCGGGCAUUGCUGUUUAUUUUCCUCCAUUGUUGUGUGGUCCACGCCAUGAAUUUGUGGGAGAAGAGGGAGGUUCCCCGCCCCCCUGACUACACCCUGGAGUACACCAAAGAGGACCGUGGCCAAAUCAGCAUAGGUACUUGUGCACAGUCACUUCUAGAUGGCAUACAGAAAGGUCACAGAGUUCUUGAUGACAAAGAAAUAUCACAGUGUUUCCGAAAGGAAGUUGGGAUUCUCACUGCCUCACUAUAUCGGAAUGGACGACAUCGCACAGAGAAGUUCUACAGAGUAUUGAGAAAGGUGGAGAAAACUUGUGGUCGGUGGCAGCAGCUUGGCAUGGCAGAGGAGCUGACCCGUCUGUGUCACCUCAUGCCCCCGGUUAUUGUGGCCAGCAGAUCCUUCCGUCUGCCUUCAAAGCAGAUGUUUGAGUACGUGUUGGUGAGGCUGCUUGGGGGUUACCACCUCAUGCUUCACCUUGACAGUGUGUGUAAGGAAGCAGCAGCCUUACUCAUGGCCAAGAUCAGAACAGGCCACUUCUUCAGCACUGCAGUAGCUUUCUUGUCUGUUGUGGCACGCAUCAGAGCCCUUGCACUGGAUUGUGCUGGCCAGGUAGCUGAGAUUUAUGAUGAUAUCCUACCUUUGGUGAGCCAUUUAAAAGCAAGCAAAGCCCCCUCCUUGGUGGACACAGUGACUCUCCCUUCUCCCCUCGCUAACCUACUCCAGCAGUACUGCUCAUCAGUGGAUAUCAACCGGAACCCACUGCCCACGGGGAAGCAUGUAACUGACACCAGUUUUCUUAACUCUCUCACUAAGGGAGAAAACAGUGGAAACACAUCCAAGGCUGAUGAGUUUCUUGGUUCUCCUUUAUGCAGGAACACAACUAAUAAGGAUUCUGAUAAUACCAAAACCAAGCAAUCCUCCAAAAGACUUCAUACCUAUGCCUUCAACAACUUAAUAGACGAAGACAUUGGGGAGUGUGUGGAGCAGCAGACCAAGCCACAUAAGAAAAAUAAGGUUAAGAAAAGAAAGCCAGAACUGGAAAGCUGUGGCAACACUGAAUCAGAUGUAUGUGGAGCUAGCAAGGCAGCUAAGAUGAUAAGCCGUGUUGAUCAACCACUACUCAACUCAGCAAGAAUGAAACCCAAAAAACACUUGAAGAUCUCUAGUGGGGGAAAAAAUGAAAGCCAGAGUAAGAUUAGUAAAGCUGCCAAGAAGUUACGGGACAUGGAAGACCAUUGUUCUCCUUCAUUUAUUAGACUUUAUAAGGCUGUAAAAAAGAGAACUAGGACUAUUGAUUCUGUAGGUAACCUAAGACAGUUUCUUCAGAAUGAAAAGAAAAUGAGACAAAAGAAAGCUAAAGAGAGGGUAUCUAGACUCCUGAAGAAAGAAAACUGGAGUGAAUUUGCAAAAUAUAUAAGGAAAAGAAUUGAGAAUGUUGAAGGACAGAGCUUAGAUGAUCCUGAGACUGUGCAGCGUAUGAUAGGCAAGACCAGAAUUAGAGUUAAGUUUUGGCUCCUGUUUCCACACUUGAAAGGGAAAAAACCAGAAAAUUGGACAGCUAUACUAGGAACCUUAGCAACCUAGCUUAUCAUACACCUGCCCAGAAUGGACUGUGCAGAAUAUCAUCCAUGUUGAUCAUUGGGAUGGAGAUGAAUAGGUCUCUAACAUCAGUUUAAUGUGCAUGGCUUGAAUUAAUACACUGAGGAAGACAAGCACCAGAUUCUGUGAGUAUGAAUUUAUUUAUUAAGAAUGCUUCCAUGUGAUUUGGAUAUGUGUUGCCUUUUGGUGUUUGCAAAAUGUUACCUAGUAACUAGUAGGGUUACUGAAUAUUGUUUAAAAAAAAAGUUGUGUGUGUGUGUGAUUCACCACCAUGCUCUAAUUACAUGCUGGACUUGUGAUUGCUCGAUUGAUGUCUUAUUUGUGGAUCCAUGGGUGUCGCUAGGACCCCCACACAUGCCCAUCUCCUUGCCCAAAAGGGGGCAGUAUUUGCUCCUUGUUAGAUGGAAAGUCUUGGCCUGAGUAAGGCUUGAACCUCAGUCUGGCAGGUGGCAGCCUGGCAUGGCAGAGGCUUGGUCUGCUGCACCACAAGUGUCGUGUGUGUGUGUGUGUGUGUGUGUAUAAUAAUGAUAAUGAUAAUUGAUAUUGGGUAACAUUCAACUUGUCUUGUUCUUGACUUAUUGUUAUAGUAAACAGUUUAUUUAGUAAAAGUGGAAGGAGGAUGUAAAAGUUUGUGCACAACAUCUGAAGAAUUUUCAGCAUCAAGAUGAUACUCGUAAUUUGUUCUUGAAGUUCCUCUUGUUAUAGUCUGUCGACUCUAACUUAAGAACUGUGGCUUGGCCUGGGGAACCCCCAAUUGUUUACACAUCUAGAGAUAACCUGCGCUUGGAUAUCUGUCUCCCUGUUAGUCUGUACUUUAUCUAUUUAUUGAAUAUAUAUAUUUUCAUAAUAUGACUGCAUGGUGUUAUGAAUGGCUUGGGAUUUGAGGGAAAGACAACUCUGUAAACCUUCCAUUUUACUUGCCAACGUGGCUCAUGCGACGUUGCUGCCUGAAGGACCUUGGCGACUCUCCUCAGAGUCUGAGGAGAGUGAUGGAAUAAUGUAGCACAGCUCCCUGAGCCACGCCUAAAAGCUCAAGUUAGAGUCAGUAGACUAUAACUGGUUCCAUCCUCACUUAAAUCUUUCCCUAUUACAAUCUUCUUAUAUUCCUAUAUUUUACUCAAUGUUGAUGACUUUCUUGAGUACUUCACUUGCAGCAUCUUGUGACCAGUGUUAUCUUUAGUUGGUCAUACUUUUUCUUUUUUGUAUAUCACAAUUAUACACACUUACUUUG